AAUUAACACCCUUCAACGUCGCAAUCAAAUAUAGAUAAAUACGCGACAGAGGAAAAAACUUCGCAUGUCGAAAUAAAACGCAAUGUUUACGGGCAACAUUUAAGAUGGCGAACAUCCGAUAAUGUUGGUAUUAUUGUUUCUUUAGUUACGCGAUACUAAAAAGGAGUUUCCUGUUUUAACUGAUGUGCGUAUAAUUUUGGCUUUCUGAUUUGGAAUAUCCCGUAAGAAUGUUAUUCUUUUUUCUCUUAACUUUAUCCAUUUUUGCCGUUUCGCAAGUCACGUUUGGGAUACCAACGCAGCCGACGACGGAAGAUGAGAUUUUCGGAUUUCUCUCUGAUCUGGACACGGAAGACUUGCUAUACACCUGUAACUUCCUGAAAAGCCAUCAUUAUGUAUGCAACGUUACCCAGCUCGGUGCGAGCUUCCUCAAAGGCAAAAGCAAUCCAAAAGAAACCAAGAAGACGCCGGAUCGACCGGGAAAAUUCGCCAUAUUCAAUGUUACCGGCGAAUGGGCCGAUUCGGAUGGAUUUAUUAAGCAAUUCUAUGUGCAGUUAGACAACUUGGAUAUUAUUGCCAAAUGUUUCUUCCGCUUGAGUUACUACGAAUGCUUCGGCGUGCCGAAAUGCGACGGCAGUUCGGGCUUUUCGCCGUGUAGCGGCGGUGAGCCGUGGCGCGGAUCGUACAGCGGUGCUCCCAAUAUUGGAUUCCGCGGCAAUGUUACCGCGCAGGCCAUGCAGAGUCCCGGCGCAGCCAAACCUCAGUCGCUGCCAUCAACCGACAAUGCCGACGCCAACUACAACCAGCAGAGGCCGGAAACGGACAGCGAUAGCGCCUUCAACGCGUCCACUACUGACGAUCAGAUGGUGGUGAAGCACUUCUCCAGUCACGACAACAAGACCGGCAUGUCCAGCGAGGGCACCAUCGCAAUGUCGCCUGACGGCCGCACCGUCAUCAUCGCCAGCAGCGGCAUGGUCAACAACACGUCGCCAGAUGGAAACUACCGCAUCGGCGGCUUUGCGUCGUCCUCGUCAUCGUUUAGUUCAUCGUUCGAAGACAGCAAUAUUAAUAGCACUGAAAAUGCGGAAACCGCACCCAAAAAUCGACGACGCCCUAUUUUGGAUUUAUUUCCAUCCCUGUUCCAGUCGACAUCCCUGGGCAAUCUCUUCGGGCCACUCUCCGUGCCUUCGCCUAAAACCGAUCAACAACCAAAGGUCACGUCCGCCACCGGCGCAGUGCCCGCCCGCGGCCCGCACAAAUGCGGUGAAAACACGUCAAGCACUUACGAUUUCUCCUCGCUGCGCUGUAUGAUCGACACAUUCCAGCGCAACGUCAUGGGUAAUAUUAUGUCAUCCAUCCAAACCGCCUUUUCUCGGAUGAACUUUGGUAAUUUUGGCAUUCCCCAGCCAUCAGCUAGUCUGUUCAGCCAAAAUGCUCAACCCGCCAUGGCGCAGUCGCGCAGCUAUUUGGACCGUCCACGGGCCGCGGUUCCCUAUGGCGUCCAUGUGUCCGUGAAAAGUGAUGCCAGUUCUCAGUCCAAUCCGUUCUUCCCCGCCAUCAACGAGGACGAUGAUGAUACGGAUUCGUGGCCGAGUUUCUUUUAAACUGGCGAGUGAUACCGUGUCAAUCUCAGGAUAAUAAUAAUAAAAUUAACGUAUCUGUACACAUUGUAUGUGCUUUAACGGUUUAACCGGCGUUCCGUAAUCAAUGCUGGCAUUAAAUUUUCCAAAUGUAUUGAGAGUACGGCUGCGGAGACGAGUAGUAAGCAAGCAGAAUGACCAAUCUGUUUUUUUUUUGCACAUUAUAUAAGAUGUAAUUAAUUAUAAAAUUGUUGAUACUAAAAAUAAACAAAUCCUAAUG